GAUUGUUUGGUGCUUCGAGACGCGAUUUAGCCCGGGUGGUAUCUUCAAUUAUUAAUAACCAAUUCGUGCGGGACGUGAGCUUAUAAUAAAGGUCACUGUUGAAUGUUGGAACCACCCCAGAUCCCGGCAACGUUCCCCGGUUGGAGGAAAUGAGCAGCCAGAGCAAUACGAUGGCCAGCGGCCAGCAUUCGACCACGGCCUGCAAUUCCGAGACGCAGGAAAUAAGGCUGACGGCUCGAUUCUCGGAGCAAAUGGCACAACUGUGCCUGUCCGAGGACUACUCGGAUGUUUCGUUCAUCGUGGAAAACGAGCGUCUACCCGCGCACCGGGUCAUCCUGGCAGCCAGGAGUGACUACUUUCGGGCCCUGCUCUACGGUGGCCUGUCGGAGUCGCGCCUUAACGAAAUUACCCUCCCCAUACCGCUGACGGCGUUCAAGGCGCUACUGCGCUACAUUUACUCCGGCAACAUGUUGCUGUCGGAGAUGAAGGAAGAACAAAUCAUCGACACACUCGGGUUGGCCAAUCACUACGGUUUCACCGACCUGGAGGUGGCCAUCUCGGACUACCUGCGCAAUGUGCUUUCGCUCGGCAACGUGUGCUCCGUUCUGGACGCGGCACGAUUGUUCGGACUCGACGCCCUUACUACCGUCUGCCAUUCGUUUGUCGAUAAGCACGCGCCGGACAUACUGCAGCAUGAAACGUUCCGCACGCUGUCGCUCGACGCCUUGACCAGCCUACUAGAGCGGGAUUCUUUUUUUGCCCCGGAGGUGCAGAUAUUCGAGGCCGUCUACGAUUGGUGCCGGUGCAACGCGGACAGCGUGAAGAACGUGGACGGUGUGGUGGAGAAGGUACGCUUUUCGCUCAUGUCCUUAGAGGAACUGCUGAACGUGGUACGACCGUCCAGUAUUCUUGAUCCGGACCGGUUGCUCGAUGCGAUCGCCGAAAAAGUUUCCUCCCAGCGACUACCGUACCGUGGGGCACUCUGGCCCGAAGAGAAUGUGGCUUCAGCCAAAUUCAACUCCCGCACGAUACUCGGUGAGCAACGGAUGGCGCUACUGGAUGGUGAUACGGUUUCCUACGACUUGGAGCAUGGCUACACGCGAGCAGCCAUCAGUGCGGGCUCCAGCAGUGAUUCGACGGGAAUUAUUGUCGAGCUUGGCAAAAUGUUCAUCAUCAACCACAUCAAGGUGUUGCUAUGGGACCGUGAUACGCGUUCGUACAGCUACUACGUGGAGGUGUCGGUCAAUCAGAGCAACUGGGAACGGGUUGUUGAUCACACCAAGUACUACUGUCGAUCGUGGCAGUUUCUCUACUUCCCACCGCAGGCGGUUCGGUACAUACGGCUCGUGGGUACUCACAAUACGGUUAAUGAGGUGUUUCACGUUGUCGCACUGGAAGCACUGUAUACCGAGACGGCCGUCCCGAUGGUCGGAGGCGUGCUCGUGCCAACGUACAAUGUGGCGACAGUCAAGUACAGUGCGACCGUCGUAGAAGGGGGUAGCCGCACCCGAAACGUGCUCCUGAAUGGGGAUGUGAAAAACUACGACUGGGAUGGCGGUUACACCUGCCACCAGAUCGGAACCGGUGCCAUACUGAUUCAGCUCGGACAACCGUACUGGAUCAGUUCCCUCCGGUUGCUGCUGUGGGAUUGCGAUAACCGAUCGUACAGCUUCUUCGUCGAGGUGUCGACCAAUUUGAAGGACUGGGAAACGGUGGUCGACCGACGGACAGAGCACAUGAAAUCGUGGCAAAAUUUUUCCUUCCCCCCAAAGGUGGUCGUGUACAUUCGGAUCGUUGGGACACACAACACGGCGAACGAAAUGUUCCACUGUGUGCACUUCGAGUGCCCGUCACAGGAUACCAGCAAGCUAGUGAAGAUUGGCCAGGAUGCUUCCGCCAGUGAGAUCGACAGAGAACCGAAGGAUACGUUACCGACCAUAGUGACGACCGAUUGAUUUGCGGAUUCAAUACACUAAAAAAAGAACGACAUUUUGGGAUACUCAACUGUAUGUACUUAAGCUGUGCCGGCUCAGCUAAAUGAACGCUGUGCUCUGAAAAUUUAUGUGAAUUCCAAUACGGAACUGAAACGGAAUGCUUAAUGUAGAAUCUGAAAUCUCCAAAACUUUGUAGCAAUAUAUUUUGGGGCAACCUUUUUUUUAUUGAACCUUAACUUAAGUACUUCGACUGUCA